UGUGAUCUACAACUUCUUCUUUGUCAGAAAGAUCAUAGCCCAUAUUGUCACUUUUGUUUUCUACUGUCUAGUAUUGCCUGCAACUGUUCUCAUCCCUGAGGUUCAAGUUCCUACAUGGGCAUGUGUCUAUAUUCCCACAAUCAUCACUCUUCUAAAUGCCGUUGGAACUCCAAGGUCAUUGCAUUUGCUAGUGUUCUGGAUACUUUUCAAGAAUGUGAUGUCCCUCCACCGGACCAAGGCUACCUUCAUCGGACUGUUGGAAGCAGGCAGAGUGAAUGAAUGGAUUGUAACUGAGAAACAGGGAGAUGCAACUGCUUUCAAGCUAAAACCAGCAGCAACACUAAAAUCAUCAUCAUUUAAAAAACCUCUGUUAAGGAUUGCAGAAAGGAUUCAUGUGCUAGAGCUUGCAACGGGUGCCUAUCUCUUCUACUGCGGAUGCUACGAUGUCGCAUUCGGGAAGAACAAUUAUUUCCUUUACCUCUUCAUCCAAUCAAUAGCCUUCUUCAUAGCUGGAUUCGGAUAUGUUGGCACAUUUGUUCAUAGUUCUUAACACAACAUUUGGUGUCACUCCUUGGCUGAUAAUGCAUAUGAAUCUUUUUGUGCUUGUCUUCAGAUCACCAGAUCAGAAGGACGGCAUCUUUCACCUGGCUGUAUUUUUUAUUCUUUUUUCUUUUCCAUAUAUUCUCAAUUCUUUCCUUGUAAAAUAGAAGAAAACUGGUUAUUUGGAUUAGGUUGUAAGUCAUAAGAAUUCAAGUUGUGGACCAAAUAAUGGAUGUAUUAUCCUUGUGUAUAUUUCAACAUUCAAAGGCAAUGUAGAUACAGAAAAGAUCUCAAAAGAUGCACUGUCACUCUCAGAAAGGAAAACUCAGCACGAGAAUAUAGUCAAAACAAAGAAGCAAUGAGCCCCUUCUUUUAGAUUGAAAUUCUUGUGAUUUUGUUAAUUUAAGCCGGAUCUAGUCUCUCUAAAUUGAUAUUGUUUGGUUUUGGAUUAAUACACGUUAUGUAAAUUUUAUUUUUGUGAAUAUACGUAGUAUCA